CUUACCUGUGGACAAACUGCACAAACGAUUCCCAAUGGAUAAUUGUGAAACUUUAUUUUGAAUUUUUAAGUCAUCACCUGUUGGUGGCGCUGUCAGCCUAACUUUACCAAGUCAUUGCAACAAGAUACCUAUUGCUGAUUAUCUCACUGCCUUAGGAGACAGACCAUGAGACCGCUGGUACACUUUGGCAUGCUGCGUUCCUUUGUCACUGCUGUGAAACAUUAUUCUGUCACAUCUCAAACCUCAGACUUUGAGAACACCUACCGGCACCAAGAGGCAUACCCUUACUUUCUGCCGAUUCAGACCCGUUGGCAAGACAAUGAUCAGUAUGGCCACGUGAACAACAUAGUGUAUCACGGAUACUUCGACACUUUAAUCAACCAUUAUCUUAUCAGAUACUGCGGAUUAAAUGCAAAUCGCCAGACCUCGUCAAUGGUGGGAUUUAUCGUGAGCUGCAAGUGUUCGUUCCACGCACCCAUGAUGUUCCCUCAGAACCCACUGGCAGCCCUGGGGGUGGAAAAGAUUGGCCGAACCAGUGUAACCUACCGGGCGGCUCUCUUCAAGCCAUGCCGUGGCCGAAUCUCGCUGCCCUUGGAUUACAACAUCCUCUCCGACGGGUGCUACUCAGGUAGUCCAUUACUGGCUGGGUUUGAGACCUUGGCCUGCACCACGGCAAGAUCCACACACGUCUUUGUAGAUGCAGCCAGCGAGAAACCAAAGGAGCUGCCCGAACACUUCCGGAAGCAACUUGAAAAGAUUCUAAUGCAGCCAAGAGCUGCCAAUCAAAUGCUUUAAAAAGUGUGAUCGCCCCCUCUUGCAAGGUAAAUUUAGCGUCUGCUCACGGCUGCCAAGUUAGAAAGUUACCUGAGAAAUCUCUCCAGUUCAGUAACCACUGAUGGUUCCUUGUGCAUUCACAACCUCUUGGCAGCUUUGGCUGGAAUUGAAGACCUCAUUCCCAGCUCAGAGCCAAAUUUACCUUUAAGAGCACAUUAAAGCCUUGGCAAAGAAGCAACUGUAGAUUGGGUUUUGUGAAAAAUUGAUCUUGCCAACCAUAUUCGUCUGCUGUGUAAUAAUUUUGUUGGAUGUCUGUAAACGUGAUUUGAAUAUAAAUGACAAUAUAUUCCUGUUAGGAUGAAAGGAAAGGCUGGUAAGUGUAGGGAAUGCUGGAUGACUAAAGAAAUUGAGGGUUUGAUUAAGA